AGCGCGCGGAGGUUGAAGGCUCUGGCAAGCCACUGUUGUGCGUCUCUGUGUCAGCCUCUCUCCGUCUUCCAUGUUUACACCCUAAUUAUGGUGAAACUUUGCUCAGUGACUUUUCAUUCAUGGAUUUAUAGCAAAAACUGAGAGCUGUGAAUAGCAUUCUUUUUGGACUUAUUUAUUAUUUUAACAUUUUACACCAAUCGGGCAUGUGCGCAAUCUUGCAAGGAUUGUAGAAACCAAACGAGUAUUCGUUUUCUUGGGGCAAAUAUGCGUCGCUGGAAUAUGGUAUGCACUCGAAAGGCUUAUGGAAUAUAGCCUGUUUUGCCAAAGUCUGUAUGCUUGCUCGUCCAGCCCAGUAAAGAAGAAACUCUUCCUACUUGGCAUCAUGUUCUUACUGUGGGUGUACAUGCUCUACUCCUGCGUGGGCUACUGCUCCGGCAUGCCUAGCCUAGUGGUGGAUAGUUACCGGAGCAAGGACACCGAGUCGUCGGUGGGCAAGCGGACCGAGAACAGCCGAGUGGACCUGAUGUCCCGACUCAUGCCCGUGAAGCCGCAGCAGCAGGCGUGGGUAGACGACGUGGAGGCAGACUACGACGAGCCGUCCGUCAGGACAGCCGUGUCCAGAGACUUGCUCCAUAACGAGAUCGAGACGGACGAGAGGACGAGCGACGACUGGGACGGAGAGAUGAGAGGGGAGCAUCAGCAGAGGUCCGCCGCCGAGCCCAGCGCCAUGUCGAGCUUCUCCAACGGCUCAGGCAGCAAGAAGCUGCCACAGGCGAUCAUCAUCGGGGUGAAGAAGGGGGGCACGCGGGCGCUGCUGGAGUUCCUGCGGGUGCACCCCGACAUCAGGGCCGUGGGCGCGGAGCCGCACUUCUUCGAUCGCAAUUAUAACAACGGGCUGGAGUGGUACAGGUAAAAACAAG